GAGCAUAUAUGGCGGCUACCAAUUUGUGAGAGAGGAGGGUUAAUUUCUUUGUGUUCGUCUCUGCAACUGUGGUUUUCGAUGGCGUUAGGUUUUGUUGUUUCGAGGCUUGCAAGGAGCUACCACUCCAAAACCCUAGCUUCUAAGGUUUCUAGCCAUCUGAGAACAUGUAAUACUGGUUCUAUUUUGAACCAGAGAUGGGGAGCCAUAGCAAGGGCUUUUAGCUCCAAACCCGCGGGCAAUGAAGUUAUUGGGAUUGAUUUGGGUACCACUAAUUCGUGUGUUUCAGUAAUGGAGGGAAAGAAUGCUAAAGUGAUCGAAAAUGCUGAAGGUGCACGCACAACCCCAUCUGUGGUUGCCUUCAACCAGAAGGGGGAGCUCUUGGUGGGAACCCCAGCAAAAAGACAAGCUGUUACCAACCCGACUUCCACUAUUUUUGGUACAAAACGCUUGAUAGGGAGGCGGUUUGAUGACCCACAAACCCAAAAGGAAAUGAAGAUGGUCCCUUACAAAAUUGUUAAGGCGCCAAAUGGUGAUGCAUGGGUUGAAAUUAAUGGCCAACAAUACUCUCCAAGCCAAGUUGGAGCCUUUGUCUUGACCAAGAUGAAGGAGACUGCAGAGGCUUAUCUUGGAAAAUCAAUCUCUAAAGCAGUCAUAACAGUGCCCGCUUAUUUCAAUGAUGCUCAGCGCCAGGCCACAAAAGAUGCUGGUAGGAUUGCAGGGUUGGAUGUGCAAAGGAUCAUCAAUGAGCCCACUGCAGCUGCUCUUUCUUAUGGUCUUAAUAAUAAGGAGGGUUUGAUUGCUGUCUUUGAUUUGGGUGGUGGCACCUUUGAUGUCUCCAUCCUUGAGAUUUCUAAUGGAGUUUUUGAGGUGAAAGCCACAAAUGGGGAUACCUUCUUGGGUGGCGAAGACUUUGACAAUGCCCUUCUUGAAUACUUGGUGAGUGAAUUCAAGAAGCAAGAAUCCAUUGACCUCACCAAAGAUCGCCUUGCCCUUCAAAGGCUUAGAGAGGCAGCCGAGAAGGCGAAAAUUGAGCUGUCGUCGACUGCUCAAACUGAGAUCAACCUGCCCUUCAUAACUGCGGAUGCUUCGGGUGCCAAGCACCUCAACAUAACCCUAACUCGCUCCAAAUUCGAAACCAUAGUCCACAACCUCAUCGAACGAACCCGUAACCCAUGCAAAAACUGCCUUAAAGAUGCUGGGAUCUCAAUGAAAGAUGUUGAUGAAGUCCUCUUAGUUGGAGGCAUGACAAGGGUACCCAAGGUCCAACAAGUGGUUCAAGAAAUUUUUGGAAAGGCCCCUAGCAAGGGGGUAAACCCCGACGAAGCUGUGGCCAUGGGGGCUGCCAUACAAGGUGGUAUCUUAAGAGGUGAUGUCAAAGAGCUAUUACUACUCGAUGUUACACCGCUCUCUCUAGGUAUUGAAACUCUAGGUGGUAUUUUCACUCGUUUAAUCAAUCGAAACACCACAAUUCCAACCAAGAAGAGCCAAGUCUUUUCUACAGCUGCUGAUAACCAAACCCAGGUUGGGAUUAAGGUUUUGCAAGGAGAGAGAGAGAUGGCAGCUGGUAAUAAGCUCUUGGGUGAGUUUGAGCUUCAAGGUAUACCCCCUGCCCCAAGAGGAAUGCCUCAAAUUGAGGUAACUUUUGAUAUCGAUGCUAAUGGUAUAGUUAAGGUCUCAGCCAAGGAUAAGGCCACACAAAAGGAGCAAGCAAUCACUAUUCGAUCAUCGGGUGGGCUUUCUGAGGAAGAGAUAGAGAAAAUGGUGAGGGAAGCAGAGGCGCAUGCUCAGAAGGACCAAGAGAAUAAGGCCUUGAUUGAUGUGAAAAACACAGCGGAUACCACUAUCUACAGCAUUGAGAAGAGCUUGAGCGAGUAUAGGGAGAAGGUGCCGAGUGAGGUGGUUGUUGAGAUAGAGGGGGCAAUAUCAGAUUUGAGAAAGGCGAUCAGCGGAGAGAAUAUUGAUGAAAUUAGGGCGAAGAUCGAUGCAGCGAACAAGGCACUUUCGAAGAUUGGGCAACACAUGCAAGGAGGAGGAAAGGGGGAUUCUGGUUCACAAGGUGGCGGAGACCAGGCACCAGAGGCUGAGUACACUGAGGCGAAGAUGUAGUCUCUCUCUCUCUCUCUCACACACACACGGGUUUGUAGCGGCGUCUUAGUUUUCGGCUAGAAUUGGGGGAUGGGUUCAGGUAAGUUCAGCCUUUUGAUGAGGUGAUUUUUGGGUUUGAUUUUUGUUAGGGUGGUGUCAAUGUUGGAUGUUUACUUGUUCAUUAUUGGAGUUCUCUUUUUGGGGGUUUUGUUACUGCAAGGAUAGAACAUAAAAUUAUACUUCGGAUUUCUUUUUCUCUCUCUCUCUCUCUCUCUCUCUCUUUUCGGAGGGCCAUUGAGGUGAAGAUGGAGUAUUACAAAAUAAUUUUGUGUGGUGUUUUUGGGUCAGACUUGGACAGAGAGUUGGGCCAUAAA